CAACCGGAAGUUAGCAUCAUAGCACACGCGGUAGCUGAACGAUUUGUGUUCUCGUACUGUCGUAAACAUCAAAAAUGUUGAAAGAGUUGGUAAGGGAGCGACUGAUUUCGGCCGCCGACGAAAUCUUCGGAUUAUUUGAAAAAACGAUCGCAUCGUACGAAGAGCAAUUAUGUCGAGUCAGAGAGGAGAGUGAGCGCCAACGACGACAACUGGAAGAUGUUUGCAAGACUCAAAUUGUCAUUCGCAUGGAAGAUGUCCAGUGGUCGCUUGCUCAUCAGGCAGAACUUCCCUCACAGUUGCAAGAGCAGCAACAACAACUAGAGACCAGUGUGAGUGCUUUGCCACUGAAUGGAGAAUCUGUGGAAGAGUGCAAAGAGGAACCAACCGAGCUUUGGCAUCACAGUCCCAGCGGAGACCCGCGUGAAAAACCAGCGCCUGAAGACCUCCAAACGCCACUCGUAAAAAUUGAACGCAUAGAAGAAGAAGAACCUUUGAGGAGGAACGCAGACUGCGAAGGUGACGACAGGCCAAAGAAACAAACUCCCUGCAAAAAGGAAACGAUUCCCUGCAGAAAGAAAACAACUCGCGACAAAAAGAAAACAACUCCCAGCGAAAGGCACAAGUCUCAGAAAUGCUCAGCAGGUAAAGAAAUAACCCACAGCUGCUCAAUUUGUCACAAAAGAUUUUCUCGAGCCAGAGAUAAGACAAGACACAUGAAAACACACACAGGGGAAAAGCCUUUUUGCUGCACAGUUUGUAGCAAAACAUUCUUUCGAAAGGAUCAGAUGGAAGAACACGCAAGAAGGCACACUGGGGAAAAACCCUACGGCUGCUUCGUUUGUGGUGCAGACUUUGUUCGAAAACUACAUUUGGAUAUGCACAUGAGAAUCCACACAGGAGAAAAACCCUUCGGCUGUUCAGAUUGUGGUGCAAAGUUUGCUUGGAAAGCAAGUUUGGAUAUACACAUGAGAACCCACACAGGAGAAAAACCCUUUCCUUGCUCGACAUGCGGGAAACGAUUCACGACCAAGACGAACUGUGGAAUGCACAUGAGAGUACACACAAGAGAAAAACCUUUUCCUUGUUUUGACUGUGAUGAAAGGUUUGCUCAUAAAUUUGACGCUACACAUGCGGACACAUGAAAAGUAAAACUUUUUUUUUUUAUUUCUGAAGAAGAGUAAAUGCUGUUUAGCUGUGUUGUACCAAUGUGGGGCAAUACUUGUAUGAGCCAUGUUUUGAUUUUGGGCCUCUAUAUUUUUCAAUAUAGUUAGUUAUUUUGAUUUGACUUUUGUAGUUUAAUUUCUCUUCCACCUGAACCAUUAGUUCCAGUUUGUUAUAAUUGUUUGUUUUUUUAAAGCUUUGUUUUUAGUGUAGUUUCAGUAAUAUUUUGUUUUUUGUAAAAUGGGGAGUAUUUGUGAAGUUCAAGUUAAAAAAAACGUCGUGUAAUAAAGUGACUACUAUUCUCUAACAACUCUUCCUUCCUCUGCACAGCAGAACCAAAACAGACGCAUUUCAAAUGUACCCAGAAAGCUCAAGUAUGAUUUGACUUUUUCCAUGAUAAAACUUUACUUUUUUUUUUAGUCACUGGAUCCUUUCAUUUCUGUCUCUCCUUAUCCUUCACACACUCCGUUUCCACCUCACCAUUCAGAAUGAGCCGCCAC